UACUUGGGUUUUGCCCCAAAUCAUUGACUAGGUAGAAAUGCACCAUUGUUUUAGUUCUUCUAAAACUAUUAAAAGUGUAUGCAAAUUUCCUGAAAAAAAUAAAUGUACCACAAAAUCUUUUAAUUAAGUCGGCUUUAUGACAAAUAAGCGAAAAGAUGGCUUAUCUAUUGGGAGCUGCUGCGGUGAUGGAAAGUCUACAGAAUGAUGUUCGGGAUGUACAGUCAUGUGUUGUGGACAUUACUUCAAGGAUAGGCCCAGUGCCCUGCACGUCUUGGAAGUUCCCAGACAAACAGGCUGGGGAGCUGGAUGUGGAGGACCUGCUUGAUCUGUAUGGCUACUCUGAUGAUGAUGAGGAAAAGCAGGUGGCUCAUAUUGCCCUGUAUGAGCUCGUCAUUGACAGGCUUGUGUUGUUGCUGCAUGGAAUGGCCAGCUACACAGAGGGAGUGAUGAAGCAGGCAUCCUGUGAGACUGACCAAGCCCCAAAGUCAGGGACAUCUGUGGGUGUGGUUGCUAAGCGAUAUUGGAACAGGCUUUCACAUCUACAGCAGGCUGUCAAGCAAAUUGUACAAGAGAAAGGAGCAAUGUCCCGUAAAGUGUCAGAACUUGAGGGAGAUGUUCGCAGACUGGACUCUGAACUUAAACAAGCUUACGCCUCCAACAGGCCAAAAACUUCUGGGCUUGGGGGACUUAUACCUCCCAACAGGGCAGAAAUGAUUACUGGUUUAAGUUGUGAUCCAUCCAAACUUAAGGAGUUUGGCCUUCUUGGACGCGACGAGUACAACAAAGGUUGUCAGACAAAUGAGACUGCAUUCACCCCAUGUGACUCAUGCUCACAUGUGCAGCGGAGUUUCCGACAGAGCGGGGACAUUGUAGUGGGCAUCUGCCAGCAGCAGCAGAUCCCGUCAUGUCUUCAGAAGUUCCGACCCCAGGUAUCGCACCUUGACUGGCUCUCUGGGAACGAUGUGGCUCGCUGGGCCGCAGAACAGAACAAGGACUUACAGAGGAUCAGCAAGCUGACCGCGACUAUCCAACCAUUGAAGGAAGAGCUUAACGAGUGUAGGGAGAAGUCUGAUAAACUUGAAAAACGAGUGCAAAACUUUGAUAGAGAUUUGAAACGAGAGAGGGAUGACAGGACUGCUUUGCAUAGAGAGUAUGAGAAGAAAAUAAAGGAAAUGGAUCUUAAUCAUACAAAGAUCCUGGAAUUGGAAAAGCAGGAGAGGGACGCACUUGAGGCGAGUAAGCAUGAAGUGGAGAGAAUGCUGGAAAGACAGAAGACUGACUUGCUGGAAAAGCAGUCUUUACUCAGGGAAAUGGAGAGCACAAAGUCCACUCUUGAGCAUGAGUUGACCAGUACGAAGGUUGAGAGUGCUGAGGUAGAGCGGCUGCAACGAGAGAUGACCAUGCUGCAGGGACGACUUGACAAUGUCGCGGUCAAGAUGGAUCAGUCCUCACGGGAACUGCAGCGCGAACAGGCAAAGAGUAAAAGUGCAACAAAACAUACACAGAGCUUACAAUCGAAGCAGGAGUCAUUGUUGGUCCGUAUUGAGGUACUGGAUGAAGAGAACCGUGAGUUGAAGGACAAGCUCUCUGAAGUCGAAGAUGAAAAGGAUAGUCUGGAAGAGAAGUUUGAAGAGCUACAGAGGCAGACAACUCAGAAAGAGAACCAGAUCAAAGAAAAGCAGGUUGAGAUAGAGCAUUUUAGAGCUGACAUAGAGAGCCUGGAGCAAUCCAUAACGACUAUGGAUAAGUCUAUCUGUGGGCUGAAUGACCGACUAGAGGAGGCAAAAGAGAGGGAAAGACUCAUUGUGGAGUACCCAGACGUGAAUGGACCGGUCAAUCCUGACCUCACAGGUACAGGAGACAUCUUGCUGGACAUGGAAAACCAAGUAAAGGCCAAUAGCAUCCGUAUCCAGCUAUUGGAGACACAGAAUGAGGGCCUCCGCAACUCCAUCACCAAGCUGGCCGGUGUAGGGGACCCACUGGGGGAUGGUGGGACAAUGGAAGGGGACAGUGGAGAACAGCGUUGGGCCGUUCAUGUGCAGAGAAACAAUCCAAAGCCCCUGUGGGACACUGACAUAGUUCAAGGUCAAGGACACAGGCAUGAAGAAGACUACAGCAGGCCAGAGUACUCAGAUAUGGAAAACAUGUAUAACGAGGCCCAUGUGACAUCCAACAAGCCAGACCACAAACCUGCUGCCACCAAGGGAAUCUGGAAUCAGGCAUACAUCAAAAACAAUAAAGCUAAAGUGCAGUCUGGUAUAAAAAACAUGGAGUUUGACAAUAGUGCCAUGAAACAAAAAACAUCCCCAAACAAGGACAGAGCACCUUUUGGCCACAGGCCAUUGUCAAGUGACACUUCUAAAAAGCCAGGAGGAGAUUUUAUUGUUGGACGAGCAAUGUCUCGACCUGGUAGCGCAAAACCACAUGAUCAAGCCUCAUCUUCGGGGAAAAGUAGGCCGAGCAGUGGGAAGACCUACAUGGCCCCUGUUAAUGCUACCAGUAUAAGUGCCUAUCUGCAAAUGAAAAGAGCUGGUAAACUUGACCAUCCAGCAGGUGCUUCUCAAAAGACAUCUGGGUCGAGACCGGGAAGCAGCAUCAGACCUCGAAUACCAACAGCAGAAGAGGAUGAUGGCUACACAAGACGGGAAAACUUCAGCUGCUGUAACUGUGACAAAAUGUACACAAGACAGCGUGACCUUGACAUUCAUAUGUCAUACUGCUCUGGGUGAUAUUGCCUUGUCGACAUGACGUGAUACGUUGUUUAUGUGUCUGUGAUAAAGUUUAGAACACUUGCAUAAUACACUCUUUUUUGCAACAGUAAAAGGUGGUCCAGCUUAUAUUGCAAAGAAAGUCUACGUACGUAACAUGACACGGACUAAGAUACAUUUAUACAUGUACACAUACCUCCAUGUGCUUAACAGGCAUGUCAGUAUACAAGUUCCAAUCAUGCAAUGUAACAACAUGCAAUUUUUGUUUCAUAAUCGUAUACUGAAGAGAGAAAUUGGAUAAGCCAAAGAAAAUACUUUAUUUAAGGUGCUUAUUGAAUAUGGUCAUCGUUUAACUAAUAAUAUAUACACCAAGCUGUCUUGUGAAACAUACAAAUAGACACACUUUAUUUUCUUUCUAUUUAUUACUCUCUGUGUAUUCGUCGCCAACAUCGUCAUCAGCGUGAAAAGGCCAUAACCCAAAAAUCGUUAAAAUAUUUACAGGAAACUUAGUACACUUUUUACGAGAGACAGUUACCAGAGACAGUACAAACAUAUUUAGCAAUGCCCAUAACUCUAGCUUUGAUAGAUAUUGCGGUUUGCCUCUUUUGGACUGAUACAUCACACGAGGGUUGGCCUCCGCUUUCGUGCUGCCCUUGAUCAUGUGUGCUUUGUGUAACAUGUUGAUAUUUUGAUGGAUGUUUUGUGACUUGCACAGUCAUAUGCAUGUGUCAAUGUUUACAUAAGAACAAAGACGCCAUACUUCUGUUUUAAGAAUAUAUCCUCACAGCAGCAGAUUUGAUAUGCUACAAAGCAGAUUUUAAGCAGAUUUGUAUCCUCUCUGUGAAGAACAUUAAAAAUAUGUGCUGUAUCAGGUUCUACAGAAGUAAAGUAAUGCAUACCAUUAUCAUGCAAACUGUUUGCCACAGAUGUGUUCUCGACAGAGCUAUAUUUAUAGUAUUUUGCUUUAAUCUGCUCAUGUUUUCACAUUCCUGUUAGUGGUUAAUAUUACAGAAUAUUGUUUUAUACUCUGAUAAUGAUUUUAUAAAUUAGUAAUAUAUUAUUUA